AUGUUGUCUUUGUUUUCUCGAAGAAAGAAGGCUGUUCCCGUCCGGGUAACCACCAUGGAUGCAGAUAUCACAGCCAUAAACAUUGAGGUAAUAAAUACAUUCGCAGCAUAAAACAUGUUAUUGCUUUUUCAGUUGGACUGGACUGGGCGGCAACUGUUUGAUGCGGUGUGUCGAAUAAUUGGCCUCAGGGAGAUAUGGUACUUCGGACUGCAAUUUCUGAAUAAAAGUAAUAUCUCGGUUUGGCUUCAGAUGGAGAAAUUAGUGAGUAAAUUAGCAUUUGUCUUUCAAUUUGCCUAGGUAGCGGAGCAGAACGUGAUCAAAGAUGAGGCCGGCGCGUAUCACUUCUACUUCUUGGUCAAGUUCUAUCCGGAAUCCGUGGAAGAAGAACUGAUUCAAGACAUUACUAGGCAUUUAUUCUUCCUUCAAAUAAAACAGAGCAUACUCAAAGAAGAUUUAUAUUGCCAGGCCGAAGCAGCAGUGUUAUUAGCCUCUUAUGCUGUCCAGGCGAUGUGUGGGGAUGUGGCGGAUGAUGUGGAUUUAGAGCUGGACAAGUUGUUGCCUGCUUCAGUAAUCAGUCAUUAUCACAUGUCCAAAGAAAUGUGGGAAGAGAGGCUCAGAAAGUGGUGGUCCAAUAAUGGGGGGUUAUCAACGUAUGUGUUCUCCAUAAUAUCAGCAAUGAAUUUACAGAGAAGACGCGGAAAUGGAAUACCUUCGAGUGGCACAGGACCUGGACAUGUAUGGCAUUCAAUACUACCCCAUCUAUGUAAGUGUUCACCAUGAUGACUUUAACUUUUUUAGAAUCAAAAAGAUACGAAUCUCUUGUUGGGAGUCUCAGCUCAAGGAAUCGGGAUCUACGAAACCCACAAUCGUCUUUCCCCGAGGCCGUUUUUCCCAUGGAGUGAAAUAAAAAAUAUUUCAUUCAAAAAUAAAGAAGUAAGGAGAACGCUGAUUACUGUAACCAAACAUUUAGUUCUCAAUAUGCAAUGUAGACAAAAGCAAACUUAAGUUCCGAGCCCAGGAGAUGUCCAUAAACAUGUCGAUCCUCGAUUUAUGUAUUGGAACUCACAAUCUCUACCUUCGAAGACGGCAGCCAGAUCUAUUGGAAGUUCAACAAAUGAAGAUUCAAGCCAAAGAGCAGCGACAGAAGAGAUUGGCGGAACAAGCAAAAUUUAUGAAGGAGAAGGAACGGAGGAUUCAGGCAGAGACGGAGAGGGAUAAAUACAAAAAUGAAGUCGCUUUCAUGUCAGAACAAUUGGCAACAAUGCAGGUGAAAUGAAAUUUUAAAAAAUGAAAAGAUCUAAUUUCAGGAUUUUAUAAAAACUUCUGAUGAAAGUCAUCGCCUGACCACGGAGAAGUUGGAGCAAGAGACCUUAGCUUAUUCCAAGCGUUGCAGCGAGGCUGAAGCCGAGGUUCAGCGAGUAAUGUUGUCCAAGAUGCAGCAGGUGAGUGAGGAUCCUCAGUUCUUCUGAUUUCACUCUGAGUUUCCUUGUUUUGCCGCUUAAUUCAGUUUUCACAGGGCGAUCGUUUUCAUCAGUUGCAGCCACAUUAUGUUGUUAAUAAUCAUUUUGAGUCCCUUCCGAAGAGGUCUUUAUUCAGAAGCCAGGUUUUUAUCAACGAGUUGGAUCAGGUAUUUUUUAAUAUUCUUUGUCACGCUUUUUUUGUUUGGCAAAUCAUUCCGAUUUCCAAAAAAAUGUAAAAUUACAGUACGCUCCGCCGUAUGGUACCGAAAACGUUGAACCCCAGCUCCGCCACUCCCAUUCCACGAUGCAUCGGCUCAGCCAGACUCCAGAAAUGGUCCUCAAUGCCAAAGAAAAUCAUGUCCACAGAUCGACUUCUAAUGGAAUGACCUCUUCUUAUGUAAUGGAGGACGAGGGACCUAUAAAUAAUAAUGGAAGCACGGUUCUUCUGGAUGGAGAGAUCCAAGAUCUCUGCGCCGAGAUUGAGAAAACAAAGUAAGAAGACAAAAGUGAAUUAAUAUUAUUUUAGAAUGGAAAACAUUGAAAGGAACAGAGAAUUGAAGGAGAGAUUGUCACAUUUACGACAAGAAAUCGAUGUGUUUAAAAAGCAGGACAGCAUUACCGAACAUGAUCGAGUGCACGCUAGUAAUGUUCAAAUGGGAUUGGAUAAAUACUCGACUUUACGCAAAGUAAACAUAACUAUUUUUAUUUACGGGAUGAAGAGUUUUGUAAAAAAAACCACUAUUUUCAGAGUGGAGCUGGUCCCCCGAAGCAUCGUGUGAAUACUUUCGAUGGGAUCUGA